AUGACCGACAUUAUGUCCUACCAAUACCCUGCGCCGCCCGCCAGCGGCGGCAGCACUACCCACAUGGCCCUCUCGCCUGCCGGCUACCACGUGUCCAUGGCCGCCGCAGACUACGCCAACGGGCUCCCCCAGACCUCCUCUUCCUCGGGACUCGGCCAAGAACCGCACUCGUCUCCCCGCGAACGCCGCGAUUCCUUGUCAAAGAGUAGUACUGUGAAUAUGAAGCUGAAGCGAUCCGUGUCCACCCCAGUUGUUGCACCUCAGCAAGCACAAGACGCAAACAUGAGCAUGGCUCAGCAACAGGGCCUCUCGCAGUCCGAUCACGCGGCAAUCAGCUUGGCCGCUGAGAAGAGAAGAAACAAACUUGGCUAUCACAGGACGUCGGUAGCAUGUGGCCGCUGUGUCAACUGCAUCCGUCUCAAGAAAGAAUGCAGCUUCUACCCAGUCGACCAGCAGCCUCCACCAGACACCCGCAAAAACUCCACGUCACGCUCUUCGGUAGGCCACCACCAUCACCAUCUUUCAUCAGCAGCAGCAUCAGCCGCAUCCGCUUCAGGCUCUGCACCACUCAUGCCCGCACCUACACAACUACCACUGCCUUCGCUGGCAACCCUCCCGAACCCCGACCCUCGCGGCCGACCGCAGCAGAACACUCAACCGCUGACCAUGCCUUCGAUCCAGACUAUGGCACCCCCGUCCAUGAAGCCGUCCGGUGGGGAGCCGUUUUCACCUGACCCGAAACAUGCCAGUCCCAGCUCGUCGAAACCAGGCGACCUCAACGCUUCAUGGCGAUCUUAUCCUCAGGAAUCGCCCAUCACACCGGCCUUUUCGCCAUACACCACCCACGCCGCACCGCCUUCGGCCACCUGGACAUCUGAUGCCACGGGACGCGGCGGCGAUGACCUCGGCUGGUCGUACCCUCCACCACCGCCACGCUCACUGUCCUUUGGUUCGGACACCAUGGGCGGCCACCACGGCCAGCACCAGCAACAGUCCUACCCAUCCAUCUCGCAAAUGACCAGCGGACACCACUCCCACAGCAGCAAUGGCGGCCACCGCUCCUCAUCCUCGUCUUACGACCGCAAGUCCAGUGCCGCCGCCGCGGCCGCUGCGAUGUCCGACUUGUACCAAUCGCCCACGACCAUUCCGGGUGUCGACAGCAUUCCAGGAACAACUCUGGACCACCACGUGUCACUCUCAGCCGGUGCCGUGGGCACGACCGCCUACGCCAGCUGGCAACAGCCCUAUUCAUACAGCAAAGACGGCUCGGACGCCUACGUCGGCUGGGGCGACCACAGCGGAACACCAGCAAGCGAGGGUCAUGCAGCAACAAGCAUGUACUAUACUGGGCGGUAA